AUGGGCUCGUUUCAGGGCAAGGCCCUUACAGUGGUUCCUUCAACCGUUCCAGAAGGACAUUGCCAAAAAGCGGAACAAAUUACUGAUUCUCUCAGACGCUGCCCGAGCGAGCCUGACUUGGUGGACGCUCCCAUCCAACCUAUCUCGGGGUCUCCCUUAUAUCCACGAAACACCUACUCAGUUGUUCACAGACGCAAGUCUAACGGGAUGGGGAGCUACUCUCCGAGGCCAACCAGCGCAGGGAGUCUGGGAUCUCAGUCAGCAGACAAGGAGCAUCAACUUCCUAGAGAUAACUGCUGUAUGGAAUGCCCUUCUGCACUUCGGUCCCCAGUUGCAGGGGACUCAUCUCCUCAUCAGAACAGACAACAUAGCCACAAAGGCUCAUAUAAACAAGCAGGGAGGAUUCAGAUCAUCGUCUCUCCACAAGCAAGCCUCCAAGAUACUAGAGUGGGCCGAGAUCCAUCUAGCCUCGAUAUCAGUGGAGCACAUCAGAGGGGUGCAGAACAUCCAGGCCGAUUGGCUCAGCAGGCAACGCCUCGACGAAGCCGAGUGGGCCUUACACCCAGAGGUAUUCAAUCAGAUGGUCAACAGGUUUGGCCUUCCACAAGUAGACCUUUUCGCGACUCCAGCCAACUCCCAGCUCAAAAGGUUCUAUUCCAGAUACCACCAGGCCGGAGCGGAAGGGACGGAUGCUCUCCUAUCCCCGUGGCCGAACGGACUGCUCUACGCAUUCCCACCUCUUCCUCUCAUUCCCAGAGUGCUCCGGCGCAUUCGGAGCCUUCGGACCACAGUACUGUUCGUAGCUCCGGACUGGCCAAGGAGACCUUGGUAUCCGGUAUUACAACAGCUAUCCAUUCAGCCUCCCUGGCGACUUCCAGUCAGACAGGACCUUCUGCUCCAAGGACCGAUUUGUCACCCGGAUCCCGGGUGGUAUCGUCUAACCGUUUGGCACUUGAAAGGCGAGGCCUCUUAGAUCAGGGGUACAGUACUGACAUCGUAGAUACCAUCUUAGCCAGCAGAAGACCGGCCACACAAAGGAUAUACGGAGCUACCUGGAAGGUGUUCGCCACUUGGUGUCACCGCAACUCCAAGAAUCCACUAAAACCGAAGGUACCUGACGUCUUAUCCUUCCUCAAAGACGGACAUAAACUCGGUCUUAAAGUCUCCACAUUACGACGACAAUUGGCCGCAAUAGCCACGCUGGUACCUCGUAUAGGUCGGUACCCUCUAACAAAGCAUCCUCACAUCUGUGCCUUCCUUAGAGGAGUUAAAUUGACAUCCCCUGCGGUGGUUCAUAGAUUCCCUUCUUGGAAUCUGCGUUCGGUUCUGCUAGCCUUGACCAAACCACCGUUUGAACCCCUUAGAAAAGUUGACCUUAAGUGGCUCCGCAUGAAAACUUUGUUUCUUACCGCAGUCACUUCAGCCAGAAGGGUUUCGGAACUAGGAGCACUCUCCGUCAGGCCAGAUCUUUGCAUAUUUCGCAAGAAUAGAGUGAUUCUCCGUACUGAUCCUUCUUUCAUUCCAAAGAUUCAGACUCGCUUUCACCUUGAACAGGAGAUGGUCCUUCCUACCUUCUUCCCGAAUCCUUCUAAUCAGAAGGAGAGAGAAUGGCACUCCCUAGAUGUAAAAAGGGCCUUGCGCAUUUACAUCAGAAAAACCCAACAUAUUAGAAAGUCAGAGCGUCUCUUCAUUACCUUGACGGCACCCAAUAAGGGAGGCGCCAUGUCUCGGGCAGCUAUUAGUAGCACCAUUAAGGCCUGUAUUGCCCAGGCCUAUAAGACUUCCGGAGUGAGAACUCCACCUGGCAUCACCGCACACUCGGUCAGGAGUGCGGCCACCACGGUAGCAUUUAGACACAAGGUGUCUUUGGAACAAAUAUGUAAUGCUGCUACUUGGUCUUCCUUGUCAACAUUUACCAGACAUUACAAAGUGGACUCUUUUUCCAGAGAGGCAUGUGCCUUUGGUCUGGGAGUCCUUCAGACUUCUACUCAUAUUGCCCGAGCCAGCUUCCAGGUUGAUGCUUUCGGAUCUUCUUUUAUCCUGGAUGUAGAAUUAAACCAUGAUUUACUAUCUUCAGACUACCUUGAGAGACAUAUCAAACAUGGAGGAAAGACGGUGGAAGUUAAAGGAGGAGAACACUGUUAUUACCACGGUCAUCUGCGAGGGAAUCCAGAAUCUUUCGUUGCCCUUUCAACAUGUCACGGGCUUCAUGGCAUGUUCUAUGAUGGAAAUCAUACGUAUCUUAUUGAACCAGAGGAGAAUUACACCUCACAUGAGGAAUUCCAUUUACAUUCGGUUUAUAAAUCCAGAUUAUUUGAAUUUCCUUUGGAUGAUCUUCCCUCUGAAUUCUGGCAUAUGAAUACCACAUCACAAAGAUUUGUUAUGAAACCAAGACACAGAAGAAGCAAAAGGCAGGUCCAUCAGACUCCACAUAAGAUUGAAGAGGAAACAAAAUAUGUUGAGCUAAUGAUUGUAAAUGAUCAUCUGAUGUUCAAAAAGCACCGAUUAUCGGUUGUCCUCACAAACAACUUUGCUAAAUCAGUAGUGAAUGUGGUAGAUAUGAUUUAUGAAGAACAACUCAACACCAGGAUAGUAUUGGUUGCUAUGGAAACCUGGAGUACUGAUAACAAGUUCACCAUAUCUGAAAACCCACUGGUGACCCUGCGUGCGUUUAUGAAAUACAGAAGGGAUUUUAUCAAAGAGAAAAGUGAUGCAGUUCAUCUUUUUUCAGGGAGUCAAUUUCAGAGCAGUCGCAGUGGGGCAGCUUACAUUGGUGGAAUUUGCUCAUUACUGAAAGGUGGAGGUGUGAAUGAAUUUGGAAAAUCUGAUUUAAUGUCCGUUACGUUGGCACAGUCCUUGGCUCACAAUCUUGGUAUUUUCUCAGACAAAAGAAAACUGCAAAGUGGUGAGUGUAAAUGUGAGGAUACAUGGUAUGGAUGCAUAAUGGGAGACACUGGCUACUUCCUUCCAUCCAAGUUCUCCAAAUGUGAUGUUGAGGAGUAUCAUGAAUUUUUAAAUAAUGGAGGUGGAGCCUGCCUUUUCAAUAAACCUUCCAAGCUUCUUGAUCCUCCAAUAUGUGGCAAUGGUUUUGUUGAAGCCGGCGAAGAGUGUGACUGUGGUAUUCCCACUGAAUGUGCUGUUGAAGGGGGCGAUUGCUGUCAUAAUUGCUCUCUAACGGCUACCUCCCAGUGCAGUAAUGGACUUUGUUGCAAGAAAUGCCAGUUUGAAGCAAAAGGAGUUGUGUGCAGAGAAGCAGUAAAUGAUUGUGAUAUUCCGGAGCGUUGCACAGGCUCUUCAAAUCAGUGUUCUCCAAAUCUCCACAAAAUGGAUGGGUACUCAUGUGAUAACCAACAGGGCACUUGUUUUGGAGGACGAUGCAAAACAAGAGACAGACAGUGUAAAUAUAUUUGGGGAGAAAAUGUGACAGCUGCUGACAAAUAUUGUUACGAUAGACUGAAUAUAGAAGGGACUGAGAAAGGUAACUGUGGCAGAAACAAAGAUACUUGGAUACAGUGUGAAAAUCAGGAUGUACUUUGCGGCUAUCUCCUGUGCUCCAAUAUCGUCUCUAACAUGCCAAGACUUGGUGAACUUGAAGGUGAAAUCACAUCAUCUUCUUUCCAAACUUCAGGGAAAUCCUAUAACUGCAGUGGUGGUCAUGUUAAGCUAGAGGAAGAUGCAGAUCUUGGCUAUGUAGAAGACGGGACACCCUGUGGUCCUGAAAGGAUAUGUUGGGAACACAAAUGUCUUGCUGUGGAUUCGUUUAACUUCAGCUCCUGCCCAGGAAGCUCAGCAGGCAACAUUUGUUCAGGACAUGGAGUUUGCAGUAAUGAAAUACAGUGUGUCUGUGAUCCAUUAUGGACAGGUGAAGAUUGCAACACCAGUCUCGCAGAACAAAAAAGCGGCAAAAAUAUUACCAAUCCAGGUGUGGCUAGCACAAAUAUUAUUAUAGGUGCCAUUGCUGGUACCAUUUUAGUGUUGGCUCUCAUUCUGUGCAUCACUGCUUGGGGUUACAAAAACUAUCGAAGACAGAGACAAAUUCCUCAGGGAGAUUAUGUAAAAAAGCCUGGUGAGGCCGACUCCUUUUAUAGCGACAUGCCUCCUGGAGUCAGCACAAACUCUGCGUCUAGUUCUAAGAAGAGGUCUGCUUUUCUGUCGCAUUUUCAGAUUUCUACCUGUUCCAUCACACAUUAUUCCAUUAGUCAGAACCUUUCAUUGUUUUGCAGCAGGUCAAACGGAUUAUCUCAUUCAUGGAGUGAAAGAAUCCAAGAUGCAAAGAACCUUUCGGACAUCUGUCAAAAUGGGAGACCAAGGAGUAACUCAUGGCAAGGUAAUAUAGGAGGAAACAGAAAGAAAGGCAAAGGCAAAAGAUUUAGGCCACGGUCCAAUUCAACUGAGUAUUUAAACCCAUGGUUCAAAAGAGAAUAUAAUGUAGCUAAGUGGGUAGAAGAUGUGAAUAAAAACACUGAAGGACCCUACUUUAGGACUCUUUCUCCUGCAAAGUCCCCAUCAUCUUCUACUGGUUCCAUUGCCUCCAGCAGAAAAUACCCAUACCCCAUGCCUCCACUUCCUGAUGAAGAGAAAAAAGCCAACAGAGCAAGUGCCAGGCUAUGGGAGACUUCCAUUUAGUUCCGCUGUCUACCUGAGCUGAUGUCAGAACUGUUUACUUCAGGUUUUAUACAAACUCAGCAUCACUGAGUCACUGAACAUUCAUCUGCUUAUUGGACAGUUUGACAGGACAGAGAUGUGCAUCGGCAUGGAGCAAACGAGUUCUCCUGGUGAUGGAAUAGUCAGUUUCCUGCAGCUGACUAGGAUUUUGUUAAUGACAAGUGUAAGAACAACCGAACCAUAGACAAAAUAUUAACCUGUGGGACUGAACAUGAUAAGGUUAUUCCGCAUGAUGACAGAUAAUAUGUAGACAUGCUGUUAAAACUAAUUGGAGUCCCCGCUGUUGGUUUUCUCUGGUCUAAUAUAGUCCCAAAUAACUAAAACAAGGAAUUCGGAAUUUGGUAUGUAAACAUUUAUGCUAGGUGCAUGAAUCCCUCUGUUCUCCACUUUCCAUGUGUAAAGCAUUAAUCAUUAUAUCAUAGUAGAAUUAGCAUGCAGGAAUAUGAAAUGGAGGACUUUUCCACAGGUGGAGUCUAAAGCUAUGAGACGCAAACAUUUGACAUAAGCAUCCAACAAAAAAGUGACUUUUUUACCUUUUGUGAUUAUAUACUCAGUACAAGAAAUGCAUAUAUGUGUAAAAAGUUGUAAAAUACCAACAAAGCAAUCAUAUAUAAUGUGGUGUUUGUCUGAAAAAUGUUGUGACUGAACAUUAUCACGUACUUCAAAGAUCUAGGUGUUGGAAAGAAGCAAUUCUAAAAAAUACUGUGGUUGAGAUACCGGGACACUGUCUCUCAGAAAUGAGCUUUGGACCAAAAUCUAUAUAGUUUAUUCAAACUCUGGGGAGGGGACAAUUCAGCUAUUGUCCAGCCAAAGUUAAGCACAUUUACGUCACAUUGAUUUAAAUGGGAGAAUAUUAAGUAAAUGUUUAAUUCUU